GACCAACAAGGCCACGACGGCGCUUGGCCGUUUCCAGGCUUGUGACGAGGCGGAGAGCUUCGACGUUAACGUUCGAUUGAGCUGUGAUGGGCAGCGAAAGUGCCUACAGCUUGUCUUCUCCAAAGAGAAGAAGACGUUGGGCUUCAUCCCAACAGAAGUGAAGCCCGGUGAGUUCAUCCUCCGGGGGAUAUGGGUGAAUCUGGAUCUUCGCAGUCGAGGCCUAGCCUCAAUAUUCCUUUCCCUGUGGAUCCAGCUGUGCGAGCUACUCGAAGUUGCCAUGGCAACCGAAAGGAUCCACAAGCCCGUCCUGUCCAUUGUUCUCCAAAAGUUCGGCUUCGAAGCAACGUCUCCAGGCUUCGCUGUGGAGGUCGCCGAAGGCGGCACCCAGGAGGAGCCCAGGAUUCUGGUUUGGGCGUCAUGCCCUUCGCGGCUCGGGUCCUACUUCAGCCACCGAACACAAAAGGAGCAGGGCAUCACACUGGUGGACGAGCGCCCUGCCAAGAGUAGGACAGCCCUAGUCAAUGCUUCAUUCGGGCCGCCUCAAGACCGAAGUAUCACGCAAGCCGCAAUAGCUGAGGCGCUACGCGGCGGUCGUCUCGUUUUCUCCGAAAACGUCCGGGCGGCCGCGCGAACUUGCUGGAGGCUUUACGCUUUGGCGGAUGGCCUGCUUGGGCGAGCAACGCUCCACACGGCAACCAGCAGGCCGCAGAGCCUACAGUCGAGGAGGAGACGGUGCUGGCAGAC